AUGGUUGGAGGGGUACGAUUGCUAGCAUGCGGCCGGGUCUACAAUAUCCACAACAUGUUCGGAACCACCUCUUCCACCAAAGCGAAACUUAUCAACGGCGCCUGCAAGGGGUAUUUUAAGGACAUGCAGAAUGGUCCUUCCAAAGUGCUCGACUCGGGAGUUUAUGGCGAUGAUGCGUGUUUCAUAUCCCGAUUUAAGAACACCUUUGUCGUCGGAGUUGCUGACGGUGUCGGUGGAUGGCGAAAGUAUGGAAUAGAUCCUUCAGAAUUCAGCCGGAAAUUGAUGCGUGAAUGCGAAAAACGCGUUUCGACCGGUGAUUUUGAUCCGAAAAGUCCAGAGGCGUUGCUUGAAAAGGCUUUCAAGGCUACAGCAGAAGCACCGCGUCCAGUUGGUUCCUCAACGGCGUGCGUUCUGGUAGUACACCAAGAGAUGUUGUACUCGGCAAAUCUCGGCGACUCUGGUUUUAUGGUGGUGCGAAAUGGGCGAGUUAUUACUAAAAGCGAGGAACAAGUGCACUAUUUCAAUGCACCAUUUCAACUAACCCUUCCACCUGAGGGAUACCGUGGAUUUAUCGGAGACACUCCCGAUUUGGCAGAUAAAAAAGAAAUCCGCGUUCAAAAAGGGGACAUCGUCAUCGUAGCCACUGAUGGAUUGUGGGAUAAUCUUACAGAGCAACACGUUCUUGAUCAACUUCGACCACUCAUAGAAGAGAGAGCUACCGUGCAAGAGGUUUGUAAUGCUCUUGCUCUAACGGCUCGUAGGUUAUCGUUCGAUGCAACACACAACAGUCCGUUCGCAGUGAAGGCACGCGAACAUGGUCUUUCAGCUGCAGGUGGAAAACCUGACGACAUCACUCUUGUGUUGUUGUUAAUCGUUUAG